AUGAUCAAGGCGUUUGGUUCAUGCACUGAAGAAAAGAACCCUGUGAUCGAGUCUGCAGAGUUUAUCCUCAAGGACAACCCUCACGUGCAAUUAUCGCUGGCCGGGAUAGAGGAUGUUGCUGAUGAGCUCCUCGGCUUGAUCCAAGCUCAAAACUACACUCCCAAUACGUGGCGAACGCAGCCAACUCAUUUUCUUCCCCCGACCCCGUUUGACGCAGCCAACCCUCGUACGAAGCAAUGCAUCGACUGGAUUUUCCUCGUCUCUGCGCUCAACUUUUCCUUCUGGUCCGAGCAUCAGGGGCUUCCGACGCGCUAUGGUGUCUCUUGGAAAAGCAGUUGGGAUGCUCAAGAUGCCUUGGAAAAGGGUAUUCCAAUAACAGACCCGGUCUUCUACGCGUCAGAAGAGUCGUGUCCUGACGCUUUGAUUGAGGAGAUAUUUGCACCCGUGCAGGAGAGCCAGGAAACCAUUUCUUUGCUCCCUCAACGCAUCGCCAUCAUGAGAGAGGUUGGAAAGGUUCUAGUCAAGCGGGCACCAAAUCAAUCGUUUUUUGGUAUCCUUGAGUCGAUCAAUGCAAACACAGCAAAGGGACACCGAACGAUCGCGCUUCUUCAAGCAAUACUAGAAUACUUUCCAUGCUUCAGAGAUAGCACGACAUAUAAAGGCCACAAAGUAUACUUCUGGAAGCGAGCCCAAAUUCUGGUCGCCGAGCUUUGGGCUGCAUUCUAUCCUCUAGAGCCCUCUAUCCAGCAUCCAAUCAUCCCAGACGGUGUCGACUAUUUGACCAUGUUUGCGGAUUACAGGGUUCCCCAAAUACUACAUCAUCUUGGGACUCUGACCUAUUCCGAGGAGUUGGAGAUAAUUCUUUCCAGAGGAGACCAUCUAGAGUACGGCUCCGAGAUAGAAUGCAGCAUUCGAGCGGGAAGCAUUCUCGCUGUUGAACAGCUCAAGGCACGAAUGGUCAACAAACUCAACAAAAGAGGCGCACGUGCGUCCGAAUGGAAAGGCAAACAUCACUCCGAGCUUUCUAUUAACUGUGUGCUCAUCGACUUUUUUCUCUGGGAUCUGGCCAAGCUUGUCGAGGCCGGCGAGUUUUCUACUGGGCGAAAGACGGCUCCCCUAGCCUGUCAUAGAACUCGUUCUAUAUUCUACUAG